AUUGCAAAACGCAUUUAGACUGAUAAAAUCAGACGCCCACUGCUGCUUCUCUGCUGCUGCUGAUGCUCCCGGUUCUUCUUCUUCCUCCGCUUUACACUUUGGGCUUCAGUUAGGAAGAGAAGGUCAAUUUGGGAUUUUUGUGAAUUAGAUGAUGGAGAGAGUUGAGAUCGAAGCAGAUGUCCGAAGAUGGAUUGCAUUAAUCUUGAUGAAGUAUAAUGACUAUGAUGGUGCUAAGAAAAAGCUAAUUGAAGCACAAACAUCGUAUCCAGGAAUUGAAUAUGUUGAUGAGUUGAUAAAAUUAUGUGACAUAGCAUGUACAGCUAAAUCUCAAGGGAGUGGAAUUGAUUGGUACUCGGUUCUCGACACUAAAAAUACAGCCAAUGUGUCUGACAUAGAGUUUAAGUACACAGAGCUGAUGAGAACUUUGGAACCGGUUAAGAACAAGUUUCCGGAAAUUCAAUCAGCUUUGGGGCUAAUCAAAAAAGCUUAUAGCGAGUUUGAUUCGAGAAGAGCUGCAAGCUUGGUUCCUUGUGGUUCUGUGAAUCCAUUAGACAUAGUGCAUUCAGAAACCGUGAAUAUUGAUAGCGGAGCUACUUCACAAAGUUCUUCUGGGACUAAGAGAAUUGUCAGCGAGGAUUCAGAUAAUAACAGUCUAAUAUGCAAUACAGGUGAGCAGCCUUUUAAGAGGGUAAGAAGUUUGGGUGGGAAUGAUUGUGAAGCGGGGUCGGAUACUGCUGAAAGCAAGAGUAGAUUAAAUGAAGAGCCGAAUCCUGAGCCAUUAUCAAUACCUGAGGAUGUUGUUAUGGAUACAGUUGCUGCAGAAUUUAGUAAUGGUGCCAGCAUUAAGCACCAAAAUUUUGGAUCUCCUCUUAUAACUUCAGUGCCGAAUCCGGAAAUCUAUACAGUGAAUCAAUGUGCAGUGGAUGUUGCUCUUAAGGAUCAAAUUGUCAAGAAAUUCAUUACAUAUUCGCGGCAAAGACAUCUAUCACCAAAAACAUGUGAAGAAAGAACGAGUCAAGCUGAUGGAAAAUCAAAAGAUGAUUUGGAAAUGGACAGGUCAUCAAGAGAGAACGUAGGUAAGCUAACUGCAAAAAAUAGCAAAGAGAAAGUGGCAGAAGAGAUCGACAUUGGUGUCACUUUGGGUGGAUUUACGGUGAAUGUGUCUGGGUAUGGAAGCAUUGUAAGUCACUCAGAUGAUGCAGCUAAUAAGUUGGUUGACAAAGAGAAAGUGGCUGAAGAGAUUGAUACUGAGAGUGAUUGUGUCAUGUUGGGUGGGGAUGAUUUUGAACUGUUAGCUGAGACCCAAUCACUCAAUAAACUCACAGGAACAGUUUGUGGCCAACAAGUGCUCUCCGAUACUGCUAAAAGAAAUACUAGAUUAAAUAAAGUGGAAGGAUUUUUAGGAACAUCAUCUGGGAGCUUAGUGAAAACCAUGGUUCACAAGGAAUGUACUCUAAUAUAUCAUGACUUCAACAACCAUAAAAGGGCUGGUGUAUUUGCAGUGGGUCAGUUUUUGGCUGUUUACGAUCAAGAAAAAAUGCCUCGACUGUAUGCUCAAAUUAAUAGAAUUGAGACUUGUUAUAAGACGGAAACAAAUUGCACAGAAUAUGCAUUUUAUCUUAGGUGGUUGAGGCCUGCUCCUGUUAACGCGGAUGAGAGAAAAUGGCAUGACGCAGGUUUGCCUGUAUCUUGCGGGUUAUUUAAGCUGGAUAGUGAUAAGAUAGGAAAAUGUGACACUGUAAUUUUCUCACAUUUGGUCUCAUCGUUACAAGAAUAUCGUGUUCUUGCGGGUUAUUCAAAAGAAAUGUUUGAGCUUUAUCCACGAAAAGGUGAAGUAUGGGCAAUUUAUAAAGACUGGAAACCAUUAGAUUGGUGCUUGGAUCCUAAAACAAGAAUAGGAUGCAAGUUCCAGCUUGUAGAAAUUCUCAGUAAUUACUCGACAAGAGAUGGUAUUAAGGUUGCACCAGUAGUAAAGGUGGCAGGGUAUAAAACCAUCUUUCAAUGGCAUGGCCUGUGUUGUCAAAUUGCUGCUCGCAACUUGUUUAGGUUUUCUCAUAAUGUACCAGUUAGGUUUGCUGGUUACAAGAGGGAUUUACUUCCAGGUCGGAUACUUGAUCUCGACCCAUUGUCAAUACCUGACGAUGUUUCUGUGGAUGCGGUUGCUGAAGAAUUCAGUAACGGUUUCAGCAUUAAGCACCAAACUUCUGGAUUUCCUCGUACAUCUUCAGUGCCGAAUCCCGAAAUCAAUACAGGGAAUCAAUAUACAGGGUAUGUUGCUCCUAGGAAUCAAAAUGUCAAACAGUGCAAUAAAACUUCAAGGUUAAGACUUCUUUCCCCAAGAUCAUGUGAAGUUCAUAAGAGUCAGGCUGCUGGAACAUCAAAAGGUGGCAGCACAUCUUUAAAUGAAGUGGAAACAUCUUUAGGAAGAUCAUCUUGGAGCGCGGUGAAAUCCACAGUUCAGAAGGAACCUACUCUAGAAUUUCAUGACUUCAGCAGCUAUGAGAAGGCUUGUUCAUUUACAGUUGGUCAGUUUUUGGCUGUUUACGAUCAAGAAAAAAUGCCUCGAUCGUAUGCUAAAAUUACCAGAAUAGAACAUUGCUUUAAGAAGGAAACAAAUAGCACAGAAUACGCAUUGUAUGUUAGGUGGUUGAGACCUGCUCCUGUUAACCUUGAUGAGAAAAAAUGGCAUGAGGCAGGUUUGCCUGUUUCUUGCGGGAUCUUUAAGCUGAAUAGUAAUAAGGUACACAAGUGUGACGCCGUAGUUUUCUCACAUUUGGUCUUGUUUCAAGAAUAUGGUAUUUCAAAAGAACUGGUUGAACUUUAUCCACGAGCAGGUGAAGUAUGGGCACUUUAUAAAGACUGGAAACCUUUUGAUUGGUGCUCGGAUCCUAAAACAAGAAAAGGUUGCAAGUUCCAGCUUGUAGAAAUUCUCAGUGAUUACUCGACAGCAGCUGGUGUUAAGGUUGGGUCAUUAGCAAGGGUGGCAGGGCAUAGAACCAUCUUUCGAAGGAGUGGCCUCUCUUAUCAAAUUGCUGCUAGCAAAUUGUUUGGGUUUUCUCAUAAUAUCCCAGUUAGGUGCGCAGGUAACAUGAAGGGCUUGUUUUCAGGUAUGGUGCUGGAUCUCGACCGAUUAUCAAUACCGAAGGAAGUUAUUGUGGAUAUUGUUGCAGCAGAAUUCAGUAAUCAUUCUUCGAGCAUUAUGCACCAAAAUUCUCAAAUGCAGUGAGUUGGUCUUUUGGAUUUUGUCAAGUUGGUGUAACCGGUAAAUAUAGAAUGACAUCCAAAUACCACAACAAUUUGUCUUCUAGGAGCGUGUUUUAUGUCGUAGUUCGUUUGUUUUCCGUACUACGGGCAAUAAUUGUACUGCCAACCAAAUGUGAAAACCAGCUGUAGUUGAGAACUACAGAGUUGAUGAUUUUGAACCUUCACUGUCUGCAAUACUGAAUCUUCAUAGUGGAUUACUGCUGCUACAUUAUCCAUUUUUCA